AUGAGCUGGCUCAACUCCACCCAUCCCAAUCACGACCACGAGCCGCGCUCGAAAGAGGAUAGGCAUGCAAGCUAUGCAGACGGAACGGUGUCGGACUCGUACAGCGAGACGACCUCGCCGUACGCGGACGAAGACGAGCGCGAAUAUGCGCAAAGCCUCACGAAACAGCUGGCGGACACUGCUGUGACGGUGCGGGAGUGGAGCAAAAAGCUUGGUCGCACCCGCGUCAGGUCGCACAUCCAGAGCGUGCUCAUCGUCACCAAGGCGCGCGAUAACCGCCUUAUCAAGCUUACUCGCGAGCUCGCCCUCUAUCUCAUGCAGAAGAAGCGUGGCACAGACCGCGGAAUGAUCGUUUAUGUCGACGCUCAACUCAAGACGUCCAGACGGUUCGACGCAGCCGGUCUUGCCCGCGAACAUCCGGAGCUCUUCGUCCCCUUCCCGAAACGACGAAACUCGAGCAACUCGUCCUUGCUCAACGGCUUCAGCAAUGGCAGCAGCGAGGGACCUUCACAGCCCGAGGGCCAGCUGCGUUACUGGACGGCGGAAAUGUGCAGCAAAAGCCCGCACCUCUUUGACUUCGUCGUCACGCUCGGCGGGGACGGCACCGUGCUCUUCACCUCUUGGCUCUUCCAGCGCAUCGUGCCGCCCGUGCUGCCUUUCGCGCUCGGCUCGCUCGGGUUCCUGACCAACUUCGACUUCGCCAACCACCAGAAGGUGAUGGACAGCGCGAUCGACGACGGCGUGCGCGUGAACCUCCGCAUGCGCUUCACGUGCACCGUCUACCGCGCGAUAUCCCCAGACAAAAACAGCAAGGCGCACCGCGCGAUAAAGAAAGGCGAUACGGGUGAAAUCUUCAUGCGCAACGUUGAGCAAGACGGGUGGGAGGCGCUCGAGAGCGGGAACACAUCGACUGGUAGGCCUCACGGGAAGGAUAAGGAGAUCAUGUGCUUCUCGACGAAGCCUGUUGAAUGCUUUGAGGUGCUCAACGACCUCGUCGUCGAUCGUGGACCUAGUCCGUAUGUCAGCCUGCUCGAGUUGUUUGGCGAUGAGCAUCACCUUACAACUGUGCAAGCUGACGGUCUUUGCGUUGCCACACCCACUGGCUCCACAGCGUACUCAUUAUCCGCCGGUGGCUCGCUAGUGCAUCCUGAGAUCCCCGCCAUCCUAAUCACUCCUCUUUGCCCCCACACUCUGUCGUUCCGGCCUAUGCUUCUCCCAGACACCAUGGAACUGCGUAUAUGCGUUCCUUUCAACUCGCGGAGCACCGCUUGGGCGUCGUUUGACGGACGCGGGCGCGUCGAGCUCAAACAGGGCGACCAUAUCAAAGUCACUGCGUCCAAGUACCCUUUCCCAACCGUGUGCGCUGAGUCUCAGUCUCGCGACUGGUUCCACUCGAUCUCCCGCACCCUCAAGUGGAACGAGCGUGAACGUCAGAAGUCGUUCGUGGUCGUCGAGGAGGAGCCGGGCAAGUCUCGCAAGAGCUCGCGCGAAGGGAAGGUUCGCGACGCGACCCCCACCGCGAAGCGCCACGAGGAGGCUGCCAAGAAGCCAGAGGAAGAGAACGAAGACGAGCUAGACGAGGAGGACGAAGUCUCAGAAGAGGAAGAAGAGAAGUAUGACAUUGACGACCUCUCUUCGACGGAGUCCCCCUCUUCCGUCUCCGUGGUGUCCAUGCAGCUCAGUCCUGAAGAGGCUAAGAUCGGGCAGGAGAAACUCCACGACGAUGACAACGUGCAAGCGGAGGCGGAGGAUGCCGUACGCCGCCUCGCCAAGGGAGACCCCUACCUCUCGUCCACGCUCACCUCGGCCCCGAGCUCCGGCCUCAAGUCGGGCAUCGACACGCCAGACCGGUUCGCCGGCGGCCAGCAGCACCCACACCCACCACGCGUGUCCCCGCGGCACGUGCAGUUCCUCACGUCGUCAGCGUCCUCAUCCUCCUCGUCUGUCGCGACGUUCGCUGACGAGUACCGAAGGGGCGACAGGGGCGAGCGCGACGACAUCCACAGCCCGCGCUCGGCGCACCACAGCACCCGCGUGCGCAUCCCGCGCGACCGCGACCUCGAUGCGGAGAACUUGCGAACGCCGACGCCGGCCGAACAGGGCCACCGUCCGUCGUUCACGAGGAGCAGGUCGCGCUCGCGGGAGCCGCCGCGGAGGGCGUUCGCGGUGUGGGGCCACGACGAGAGCGACAGUGCCGCGAGCGAUAGCGACGCGGACACGUAG